GAUAUCCUGAGAAGACGACAUCAUCAUGUAUGUGACGAGAUAUUUUUCUGACUACCAAAAGGAUCCUUCUUUGCUCUUCCUGCCACCUCCUGAAGGGCCCAACUCCGGUGUUCUGGUCAUCCAAGAUGAAGAAACCGAGCCUACUUGUUGUUUCGGAUUGUGCAAGAGUCAUAUGAUCACCGACCUGCCUUUCCCUCAAAACAAGAAACUCACGCUCCAAUAUUCAACGGGAAGCAGCGAGAAUCGUAGUGUUGAGAACUUUUACACUGCCUUGAUUCCGAUUCUUAAUCAGCCACUGUCUUCCAAUCGGUACUAUGCCAUAAAGACACGCGGGAGGCAUAAAGGGGAAGCAUAUGCAAAUUCUAAGGAAGAUGACAAGGGAACCUGUUGCUGCUUCAACUAUAUUAAGGAUGUACCGCCAAAACCUUUGGAUCCCAACGAGAUGCACCAGCAAUUCGAGAUUCAUCCCAACGAAACUUCAUGUGGAAGGUCUGGUUUUGUUGCCAAACCCAUAGCUCCAGAUGGAUUCCUUCCCCGGUUCCUCGCAAGAAGAGGGUGGCAUGUGCGUACCUCAACUCCCCGAGAUUUCAGUUUAGGUGAAGCACCGGGCCUAGACAUUGCCCUCCGUGCUCGCCUCCCGGAUUUCAGCUUCCCGCUAUCGUUUAAGAGUUUUCAAAACGUGGUUGUGGGAAGGUGGUAUUCUCCUUUCAUGUUUAUAAGGGAAGGAUCACCGAAAGAUCAAAUGACCAGAUCGAUGUACUACGAGAUAACCCUGGAGCAAAAAUGGGAACAAGUAUUUUCAUGUGAAAAGAGUGAGAGCCAAAGCAAUGCUGUGGUUGUGGAUGCUGUUGUUCAGAGAGAAGAGGUCUUGAUUGCUGGGAUGGAAGUUGUGGAUCUGAAUGUGGUUGAUGGGGUGAUGUGGUUCAAGAGCUUUGGCAAUGGAGGAGCAGAAGUCAGUAUUGGUUUGAGCAUGUUAGUGGUUGAGAGAAUGAAGUGGGAGCAGAUACGGGUUGGAUGGGUUGGGGGAAAUGAGAGGCAAGUGGCACUGAAGAGAAUAGAGGAAUUUGGAGGGUCAGCUGGGGAAUGGAUCAAGUUUGGUUUUUAUGUUCUGGUUGAGAGGUUUGUUGUGAAAAGAAUGGAUGGAAGCCUGGUAUUGACCUAUUAUUUCACGCACAUUAAUCAGACUCGGACCAAAUGGGAAUGGAAGUCACAUUAGUUUGUUUUUAAACACCGUAAAACUCUGCUGUUUGAUACCUGGUUUGUUUAUAUUUGUGUAUACUUUACUAAUUGAAGUUUGUAUUCAUUUUGUGUGUGUGGAAAACUUGA